AUGUUUCGAAGGAAAAUUUUAGCGGGAGCGCGAGCUUUUGCUCCCUCCCAUAACCUCUCACAUCAACAGCAUCAAGGAACACUCCCGAUUCAACACAGCACUGGCUCUCCGAAUAGGGACAACAUACUUGGCCGUCACCUGAAAUAUGAUCGUCUCAAGGAGGCGAUCCGGAACUUCAACCACACUCAGCGUUCCAAGGGAGACGAGGACCACGAUGGGAUUCCUUGUGUCAGCGUCCGUCCGCACCCCCUCCCCGAGACUAUCUCGGUCAAGGACAUCCCGGACAGGAUUCUGCCCAAGUACUCCCUCACCAACUGA